AUGUGGACCAAACCGGUAAUACCCUUACUAAACCGUCAGGCGAUAUCGAGAAGUGUUGGUGUAAGGAAUUAUUCAAGCAUUAAAUUUCCCCAAGCUGCAAACGAGAUUGUCCAUGAAAAGCCUAAUUUGAGCCAAUUCAAGAACCCAUUACUUCACACAUUUCUUAUAGCAUCUUCCACGUAUAUGGUGCUUCAUAUCAUUGCUUUGAUCGACCAGUACGAUGAAGAAGAGAAGAUUCUUCUGCGAGAAGAAAAGGUUUUGGAGGAAAAGAUCCAGUCUAUAAUUGAUGAAACUAAGAUACGCAAUGAGAAGAGCUGGUAUAGCUUCUUGUGGAAGUCAAGGUGA